AGAAACUGUUUCAAUGUGGUCAAGCACUUGGAUUUGUAAGCAACCUCAAGUUACUGACAAUUGUAUGGCUAAGUUCUAUUCAUGGUAUUUCUCAUAGUUCUGCUAGCUUCAUUUCCUAUUAUAAUGUCCAAGCUGAUAUUGUGUGUUGCCGUCUUUUCAUCUUGGAUGCUAUUGCAUUUUGAAUUUUAUCUUCCAUUUAGCCUAUAUGGGAUUAGCACUCUUCUUUUAGUCAUCUUAAUUCUUCUUUUUUUCUCUUUUUGAGAGCUUCUUGAAUGUUUUAUUGAUUUCUUCACAGCUUCUCCUUUGACAUUUUUGAAGGAUCCCCACGGUAAUGGGAAAAACUCACUAUGUCACUGAGUGUUAUAGCAUUGGUUGCCAUGAGCAGUUCACUUUGUUGUAUAUUUGCUCCUGGACACUCUGGCACUUGUAAUGGUGCUGCUGCAGAAGGUUUGUUUCAGUCUUAAUCAUUUUGACUGCAGAAUACCUAUUGUUGACGUGCCAAAAUAGAUGGAGUCGCCAUCUAUCCAAAUGAGGUGGGAUAGAUCACCAAGGCCUUUGCAGAAAUUAACUAGGUUCGGAGAGUCGGUUAAGCGUGGGGAAGGUGUUAGGCACCCCACAAACUUCCAUAUAAAUAUGGUUACCACAUACUUUAAUUUUGGAGAAAUUUCAAUUUUUAUCAAAUAAUAAUAAUUACCAAAUAAAUAAAAAAAAAUCACUUCAACAAAAAAAAAAAAAAAUCCCUCAAUCAUUUUUUAUUCUCCGUUUCUUUUCUUUUCUUUUUUUUUUUUCAUUUCUGCUUUCUCUUCUUCCUUUUUCCGUUUCUGCUUUCUUUUCUUUUCUUUUUUUCAUUUUCUGUUUUUUUUUGUUCCAUUUUUUUUCCGCCUCUGUUUUUUUUUUGUUCUUUCCUUUCUUUUCUUUUUUCUGCACUUCUUUUCCUUUUUUUUUUUUUUUUUUUUUUUUAUCUAAUGCAUUUCAAAAACAUAGCAAAUCCUAGAAAAAAAAAAUCUGUUCAUUAUUUCAGAUUACCGGAGCAUAAACUAAAUCACAGUACCCAUAUCUUCACCCAAACAGCAGCUUCUAAAUGAUAACCUAAACUUAAAAAGACGGUAAUUGAUUUUGUUAAAUUACUCUGACUAAACCAGGAAACAGCCAUGAAACCAA